CAAAGUUAACUUCUAUACUCAGCCCUUUACGAUCACUCACAGUUAUUGACUUCCGUUACCAACCCACCCCCCCCCCCCCCCUCAUUAACGAGAGUGUAAUACUCUUUUCGUUAUAACUUUUUUGAUUUUCAAUAUUUUUCGACCAAAUUUUGACACAAUAAGCGGAUAUCUUUCUAAUUUAAGGAUUUUCUAGGGAUUGUUGGAAUGGCCACCUGGUUCCGGAGUUAUUCCGGAAUCAAAGUGGGUCAUUCGAUUUGGCCAUUUUAGAAAAAGUAAAUUUUUGAUAUGAGAGCCGUUCAGUUUUCAGACCUAAGUGGAAUCCGUUUUACGGAUGUUCCGGGAACCGGUUCCGGGGUCAAUUUUUGAAUAUGAUUCAAUAUCAUCAUGCGACACCUCAAACUUCGUGGUUUUUCAAAACGCAUCAUUCUGUGCUGUUUUGGUGUUGUCUGAAAUACUGUUGGCCAUUUUGGAACCGGUAUUCGGAUUUUCCGGGAAUCGGUUCCGGUGGUUCCGGGGUCCAAUUUUCGAAAAUAAACAAACACCAUCAUGUGACAUAUCAAACUUCAUGAUUUUGAAAAUUAUGGCAUUUUAUCAUAAUGAUUGGCCACUUAGGAUACAUUUGGCCAUUAUGGAAUCGGUAUACAGAUUUUCCGGAAUCCAAUUCCGGGGCCAAGUUUUGAAAAUGGUUCAAUACCGUCAUGCGGCAUCUCAAACAUCGUGAUUUUCAAAAUACAUCAUUCUGGGCUAAUAUUGUGUUAUCUGAAAUACUGUUGGCCAUUUUAGAACCGGUAUUCGGAUUUCCCGGGAAUCGGUUCCGGUGGUUCCGGGGUCAAUUAUUAGAAGAUGAACAAACGCAAUCAUGCGACCACGAGCGAAACCGUUGAUUGCUUUCGUAUAUUUAUGCUUUGAACCAGAAACUGCCACUGUUGGGUAUUUAUUCUGAGAAUGCAUCCAGGAACGCCUUCCGGAAAUUCCUCCAGGAGUUCUUUCAAAAAUUCCUUCUGUAGUUCCUUGAGAAAUUUCUUCAGGAAUUCUCCCAGUAAGUUCCUCCAGGAGUUCCUCUGGGAGUACCACCGAGCAUUCCUCAGGGAGUUCCUUCAAAACUUCCUUUUCAAAUCCUUCCAGGAACUUCUUCGAAAAUUCCUCCAGGAGUUCUUCUGGAAAUUCCUCCAGGAGUUCCUCUGGAAAUUCCUCCAGUAGUUCCUCCGGAAAUUCCUCCAGGAAUUCCUCUGGAAGUUCCUCCAGGGAUUCUUCUGAAAGUUGGAUGCUGUAGGAAUUCCCGGAAUAUUUUUUGAAGGAACUCCCGGAGAAAGUGCCGUAAAAAAUUCCUGGAGGAAAAUUUCCGGAGGAACUCCUGAAGGAACUUUCGGUCAGAGGAGUCCCUAGAGGAAAUUCCUGCAAAAAUUCCUGGAACAACUUCUGGAGGAAUUCCUAGAGGAACUCCUGGAAGGAUUCCUAAAGGAAGUUUUGGAGGAACUCCCUGAGAAAUGCUUGGUGGUACUCCCAGAGGAACUCUUGGAGGAACUUACUGGGAGAAUUCCUGAAGAAAUUUCUCAAGGAACUAUAGAAGGAUUUUUUGAAAGAACUCCUGGCGGAAUAUUUUGAGGAAAUUCCUGGAGGAAUCCUUGGAAAAUUUCCUGAAGGAAGUUGUUCACGCAGGUUUGUAGUUAAAAACGAUAAGUCCGGAUUAGAUCAAAGAGACUGUAAUGCAUUCGUAACGCAAUUGCACUCAAAUGAGUUGCACUCACGAUCUCGCCAUACUUGUAGCAUCUCCCCGCCAAAUUGAAGAACAAUGAUGAAUUAUCUUCCAGAAAAGGGUGAUCGACCUUACCAUAAUAGUCUUCAGAAACCAGUAGUAGACAAUUAGUCAAUGUUCAAUGGAAUCCUAUAUAAGGCAUAAUCCAGCUUCAAUCAAGAUAAUAACAGUCUAUAAGUUCAACAGUAUACAGAAAACCCAGUGUUCCGUCCUACAGUCCAAUCCAGAAAUACAGAACAUUAGUGAAAUCCAAAAGGCUAAGUGUUCAAUAAAUUCCAGUCAUUAUACAGAAGAAAAAGUGUAUCAAUAGUUCGUCCAAUAAAUGUUGUAGUUGUUCAGAAACUUUAUACCAACGUUUAAUUCUGUGUUCAGUAUCUUCGCGAUUGUGAUCGAUUAGUGUCCGACUGAUUCCGACCACCACAGACGCUAUUAUGUGCGACAACAUAAAAUGGUCCUUCGAACCGGAUCGUCGGUUUCGAAGUUGGACCUCAGAGCGGUCGUCGUCGCGAGUGAAUGGUCUAGAAUAACCACCAAAGACCAGAGCAACUGGGUUUCAUUGUCGUAUUUGUGAUCUGUGAUGAUGGCAUUUUCACCAUCGAAAUUCUCGAGAAGAAUUGAAGGAACCAAACAAUCAAAGUGAAAUUUGUAUGCUUUUGCCGUAUCUCAUGUUCCGACCACAAACAAGAAAGUUAGUGUGCGUAAAGGCAAUCGCGGCGAAAACGAUAUACACGGAAAAUAUCCAGUGCGCAGAAUCGAACAGUGAACAGAAAAUUUGUCGGAAAUGCCGCGACAACCGUCCGUGUAGAUUGACCGUGCGCUUUUUGGUAACCGGGCGAAGAACUGUCAAAGGGUUGUGCGCGUGUGGCUCGCAGUUGUUUUUUGGCCUGAUUUGAGAAAAGUUCAAGAGAAGAAACCACAAAAAUGGAAUCGUUUGCCAUUCCGUUCGAACGUGUUGCCGGUGGAAAAUCAGAGCUUAUUGCUGCCCUAGUGAAUGCAGCGCAGGAAAUCAGGCUUUCGGCAGUUCCAUCUCCGAAGGAACACCAGCUGCUGGAGGCAAUCGUCGAAUCGCUGCUGGAGUGGAAACGGCGUAUCCAGUUAGACUGCAAGAACAAAAACCUAAACAUGUUCCAAACUGCUGAAGCAAUGGAGCAGGUUCAGCAGGGAAUAAAUAUGUGUGUCCUGAAGCUACGCACCAUUCACGAGCUGCUGUCGUUGGAAUCUGCUCUCGUCCAGCCGGAAGAAGCGCCCCAGCAAAUACGGAUUCAGCAGAUUCAACAGUUGCUGUUUAUCGCACAAGAAAGAGAGGUCCGUCCAGACUGUCCCGAAUCAGUACCACAAGCCCCGAAACGAGAGGAAGAGUCAGUACGGUCAGAUGGAAAGGUCAUCCCACCGAGGUGCUACUACUGUCAAGAGCGGCACUUCAUUUACCGAUGUAGGCAGUAUCAGGGACUGACUCCGAAGAGACGAUUGGAAUUCGCGCAACAGCAGCAUCUGUGCUUGAACUGUUUCCACUACCGUCACGAAAUCAAUUACUGUCCGAAGCCACCCAGGUGUUUGUUUUGCCAUGGAAAACACCACGCUGAACUACAUUCCGCGUUAGUUGAAGAGCAUUGAGUGAAGAUAUGUUUUCUGAAUCUUGAUUAUUGGCAAUGAAGAGCCAUUACUGUUUGUUAUUACUGUAACUGAAUUCGCAAUAAACAUUGAAUUUGUGUUGUUAUUGACUUUGAACUACCCUAUUUUUGAUGCAAUUGAACUGUGAACUGUAAUUAAUCUGUGUUUGAUCAACGAUAACAAUGUGGAUCCGAGCCGUUGUCUUUUUGACAAGUUUCGAAGAAUUGGAGGUUCCAGCAAAACUGCGCUGUCUCGUCCUCCCGGAGCAACCGCUCCGGGACACGGUUAAGUAUCACACGUCCAAUUCCCACACCGUAACUUUCGUCACAAAUUGAUGCUGGUCAAAACAUUGCAGUUUCUGACAAGGUGAAGAUAUUGCUGAUGCUGGAACCACAGACAAACAGACGCACUCCACAGUAGAAAACAACCCUCCAUUGAAUGCCGUUCAGCUAUCCAGAUCUCAGUCAUUGGGUUUGUUGGAUGAUUAGGAAUACCACUUUUGGACGAGCAGCCACGCUCAGUUAUUUUCGACAUGUUGACCACGCAGGGUCGACAUUUCCAGCCAGCGGUUAAAGGCCCGUUGGUGCCUCAUGAGCAGCAUG